CACACGGGUGAGAGCAUUCGACAGGCAGACGCGCCACGGCCUCUUUUGCUUUUGCUGUACGUCUACCACCCUGCGCUCGACGGCCCUGCUAUAUUCUCUCUCGCGUAUGAGGUAAUCUGCGCAACGGCGGGCGCCAGCCAUCAUAUACCAUCACCAUGGCCGUCACAUUGCGGGACAAGCAAAUAGCUAGCAUAAAACGCAUCUUGAACCUGAAUGCUCCCAUCACCGACGUCGACGCGCAAAACGACUCGAGCGAUGCGCCCGAGACCACAUCCCCGAACGGCGCAGUAUGGAAGGUGCUGGUGUUCGACGAGAUGGGCAGGGAUGUCAUAAGCUCAGUUCUGCGAGUGAACGAUCUGAGAUCUUCUGGGGUCACAAUACAUUUGAACAUUGGUACCACGCGCCAUAUGAUACCUGAUGUUCCAGUGAUCUAUCUCGUCGAGCCGACUGCGCAAAAUCUCCACCUGGUGACCUCGGACCUCUCCCGCGGACUCUACAGUCCCGCAUACAUCAACUUCCUCUCGAGUAUUCCAAGACCUCUUCUCGAAGACUUUGGCGCGCAAACGGUGGCAUCUGGGACAGCAGAGCAUUUGGCUCAGGUUUACGAUCAGUACCUGAACUUUAUCGUGUCGGAGCCGGAUCUGUUCCACCUGAACAUGAAGGGCGCCUACCACACCCUCAACAGUGGCCAAACACCGGAUGAGGAGCUUGACGUUGUCAUGGAUCGCAUUGUGUCUGGCCUCUUCUCGGUCGUGGUGACGAUGGGAGUUGUUCCUAUCAUUCGUUGUCCGAAGGGAGGCGCAGCAGAGGAUAUUUGCGCAAAGCUCGACCGCAAGCUGCGAGACCACAUCUUGAACUCUAAGACAAACCUCUUCUCUGAUCAGAAAUCAUCUUCGGUCGCCUCACGGCCAGUGCUCAUCAUAGUGGAUCGAAAUGUGGAUUUGGUGCCUAUGUUCAGCCACUCAUGGAUAUACCAAAGUUUGAUUUACGAUGUGCUCGACUUCAAUCUGAACAAGAUAACCAUCUCCGUCCCAGUCGACAAAGACCAUCCUGAAAAGGGCUCAAAGAAACAGUCGUACGACCUCACAGCUUCCGACUACUUCUGGGCCAAAAAUGCAGCGUUGCCCUUUCCAAACGUCGCCGAGGAUGUCACAACGGAGUGGAACAAAUAUCAAGAAGACGCAGAUAGUGUCACAAGAAAGACUGGCACUUCUUCCAUCGAUGACUUGUCGGGAGAAAGCAACCAGUUUGCGGCUCAUUUGAAGGGCGCUAUGGCUCUACUCCCAGAGUUGCGAGAAAGGAAAGCCACAAUAGAGAUGCACAUGAAUAUACUCGAGGCUGUCAUGGAGGGUAUCAAGAAUCGCAAAAUCGAUUUCUACUUUCAGCUAGAAGAAGAGCUGUCCAAACAGACGAAAGCGCAGAUUUUAGAACUGAUCAAAGAUUCCGACAAGGGCACGGUACCGCUAGACAAACUCAGACUGUUCCUACAGUGGUACUUGACGACCGAGCAAGAAAUGUCCCGCGCCGACCUCGACAGCUUCACACAAGCCCUUGACGCUGCAGGUGCAGACACCACAGCCAUCAAGUAUGUCAAGACCGUUCGCCAACUCACCCGCAUGACCAUGAUCUCGUCCGCCCCCACACAACCCGCCCAGGGCACGUCGCAGCUCUUCGGAGGCUUCUCCAGUCUGUCUUCGCGCGUCACCGAUCGAUUCAAGGAAGCCGGUCUUGGUGCCAACUUCGAAGGUGUUCUUUCGGGAAUCAAAGGCUUCCUUCCCCAGAACAGCGAUCUCACGCUCACGAAGAUUACCGAGUCGCUCAUGGACCCGCAAAAUGCGUCGUCGAGUGCCAUCAGCAAAACGGAGAGCUAUCUGUACUUCGACCCGCGGUCUGCGAAUGCACGCGGUACUCUGCCUCCAGCGAGCCAGUCUCGCAACCAGCAAGGCGCUGUUGGACGGGGCAUUGAUGCCACGUUUGGACAGAGGCGGCAGGGCUUCAGCGAGGCGAUUGUGUUCACCGUCGGUGGUGGAUCAAUGGAUGAAUACGGUAACCUGCAGGAGUGGGCCAAGAGGACGAGCGCGAGCGGUGCUGGGGGGACUGGGCAGAAGAGGCGGGUCGUCUACGGAAGCACGGCGCUCUACUCUGCGACGGAGUUUGUCAACAACGAUCUGGCGCAGUUGGGCAGGGAGAGUACGUGAUUUUGUAGAGGAUGAGGGAAAAGCACUUUAUAUGAUUAGAUCAUGAUACUACGAAAUGUGUAUGUUGUGCUUGUCUUCGCG